AUGUCGUCCGAAGCACAAAACAUCUACGACCUUCCUGAGUUCUUCUCGGCCUACAGUACGCUUCCACGCUCACAGGGAGGGCUAUCCUCCGCUCCGGAAUGGCCAGUUCUACGGAGAAUGGUGCUACAAGGUAGUACUCAGCAACUGAACUCCGAUGAGAAAGAAUUGGACGGGAAGAAAGUCCUUGAUCUUGGCUGUGGUUAUGGCUGGUUUUCCAGGUGGGCACGCGAAAGCGGCGCCUCGCACAUCAGAGGGGUUGAUCUCUCUGAGAAAAUGAUCAACCGGGCCAAGGAGUUCGAUGAUGCAGCCGAGAAUAGGCUAUGUGAAAUUGUCUUCGAAACAGGCGAUCUCGAUAAAAUCACCUUCAGGGAUAGCUCGGAGGAGGGCAGAUACGAUCUCGUUUACAGCUCCUUGACAUUCCACUACGUUGAGGAUCUCUCUCGACUUUAUCGCGAGACUUUCGCUUCGUUGAAGCAAGGGGGUAAAUUGGUAUUCUCGGUGGAACACCCCAUUUGCUCAGCUCCAACAAUCCCGGGUCCAGAUUGGACCUCUGUCCAAGAAGGGGGCCAGGAGAAGAAAGUCUGGCCACUGAAUUCUUACAGCGAGGAGGGCUGGCGCUACACAAGUUGGUUGGGUGUAUCGGGUGUCAAAAAGUACCAUCGGACGGUGGAAACAUACGUGACUCUUCUUUUAGAGAACGGCUUCAAGUUGACUGGAUUGAAAGACUGGGUACCUUCGAAAGAAGCUGUAUCGGAGCAUCCGGAGUGGGCAGAUGAAAGACAUCGACCAUAUUUCCUGCUUAUCUCCGCUGAAAAACGGUAA